AUGCCCACGUGGUUCAAGUUUAGCAGCCCCCGGAGCAGCCCCCAGGCACCCCCAAAGCCCAUAGCGACAGAGACCGACACGGACAGCGUCGAGGUGCUGCAUGAAAACGGCGUAGACGUCAACGACCACGACACCGAGCCCGAGACGGUCAACUCGGCUGUGCAGCGCCUCGUGCCGCGCCAGUUCAAGGAGUCUCGCUUUGAGAGCCUGCAUAUCACUCCGUCGGAGCGCAACCUCUACCUCGCCGCGGUGGAGCGUCUCAACGGCGAGACACCUUCCCUUCCUUUGUUUGCCGACCAGGCGCCAGAGUUGCCCGAGCUGUCUCUGGGACGCACCUCGAUCCCGCCGAUAGACGUGACCUACCCCGAAUCAACAGUGUUCGAUGGCACCCAGCCAUUGACGGCAAACGAAUGGCGCUUGUCCGAGUCGCAUUACUCGAAGCGACAUGGGCUCCUCGCCAUCUCGGGCCCCAGCACUAUCAGGCUGCACGCGUUCCCCGCUGCGACACUGCUCGAGGUUGACGAAGCGCUGGCCAAAUGGACACCGGGCGUGGCGGCCAGGAGCGACAGCACCGAGAACCUGCGGCGCCAUAAGGACGACUCGGCACCUGUGGCCGCGUGGAAGGCAGAGCUCAAGAACCACCCAUGGAAACAGAAGAGCAGCGGCGAACUAGAGUCGAUCCGUCUGCUGCUGUCCAUCUUUACAGCCUUGGGGAAGCACGGAUGGUCGCUCGUCGGAGACGUCCGUGCCUCGUCGGGCAAGCUCGACACGCACAACUUUGUGUUUGCCUACUGCCCGACCAGCACGACGAUCCCACCGCUAUUUUUUGCAGUGACGUUCCCCCAACCCGACCGCAUAUCGCUCGUGUCCCCGCCACCAAGGUUCUCAAAGGAGCUGGUCGAUGCGGUGCGCAACGCAAUUCUGCACGGCACCCCUUCGGCACCGCCCGGCAUCGACACACCAAAGCUGAAAGAAGAGGGAUGGCACGAGCCAGGCGUGUACAAAUUCUGGAUCAGCGACCACUCUGGCGCAAAGCGCGACUUUGUCUCGCGCUUCGGCCGCACACGCCUGGUCAAGCUCGCACCGCGGCUGCAGGCGCCGGUGGUUAUUUCCAUUAUCGACUCGCUCAUGGAGCUGCACUUUGACUUUGUUGGCUCGGUGCCACUUCUCCCGCAAACCCAUGGACGCGAUAUUCUCGUCUUUUCGUCGCUCCCAUUCUCCGGUCUGUCUGCGCGCGACGCGUUCGUUGCCCCCGAGCCGAUUCUCGACGAGAGCAGCAGCUCGGUGCUUCUUGACACAGGCUCGCUGCGCGAGAGUAUCGCGCACAUUACCGCCUCGUGGCACGCCCACCUCCACGACGACGUCGACCGCUCUAGGACCUUCCCGCCCUCGAGAAACGGCAAGAGAGCCCCGAGACCGACAGUUCGCACCCGGACAGACUCGGGACAGACGGUGAAGCAGGUUCACCGGCAGUCGGCGCCGUCGCCGUCCAGCGCACACACCGCGAGCUCGGGACAGCACACUGCUCGCGCGCGUUCGCCGCUCGUCGAUGAGCCACGUUCGUCCCCGCUCAACGAGGAGCCGCCGCGAUCAUCCCCGCUACGUGAGGAGUCGCGGGAGUCACCCAACCCAGACGACCACAAGCCGGUACCGGAAGUCCCCGCUUCGACCGUCUCCCUGCCACUCGGUCUCGGCCCACCGCCAGCCAUCAUCCUGCCCCCCACGGCCAAGCGUGUUGCCACGCCCGUGACCAUCACCGUCGCGCCCAACGCCAUUGCCAGCGUGAAUGGAUCAGUGGGCUACCUGACCUCGGCCGAUGGCGAGUCGGUGCGUGAAAGCGACGUCGACAGUCGCGCAAGCCGGGCGAGUACGGUCGGGUCGACGCGCCCGCCUGGCGUGGGCAGCGUUCGUACCCGUGUGUCAGUCGUCGAGGCGUAG